AUGUUGGAGUCGGACUACGCACCACAGCUUGAUCAUACAGGGACCCAUCUAGGUGAAAGCUUCGACCACCUUAAAAACACUACGUCGGCCACUUUGCCAGUCCAACAGACAGGCCACUCGGGAACUGAUGAGGAAGGAGUGUUCUCGAAACCCAUCGACACAAGUCAGGAUCUGGCUGAUAUGAGUGGCCAAAGCUCAUCAGAGAGUUCCUCUGACAUUUACGAGGAUCGUUUACAUCAGCUUCUAAGACUUCAAUCUCAUUUAUACAAAAUCAUAUCUCCAGAGAUACCGUCGAAUGUCUGUCUAGGUUCCUUGCCGGAGGGUCAAACUAUCCACGAAAAGUCAGUCUCCGAGAGCAAAUCAAGCAUGUCAAGUUUAGACACGAUUCUCGGGAAUACACAAACACUGAUUGACAUCCUUCAAACACCGCCCACAUCGCCUUCUCCAGUGCCUCACAUGCCUCAGAACUUCACUGGGGCAUCACAAGUUCAUCCCAGCUCGACCAGCGACAGCCAAAAUCCCUCAGCCACUGUGCCCAGUCAUCCACCAGAUGCCGUUACGACGCUUCUCAGCCUCUCCUGUUAUCUCAGCCUACUUAUAGCAUACGAAGGUCUUAUUGCCUCUUUACUAUCAUCGCCUGACGACCAGGGUGGUGCCACGGCUAUGCAGCCGCCAUCAUUAUCGCCGUCUUUGACUUUCGGCACAUUCAGUAUGACAGCAAGAUCCAGCAUGUUCAUGAGCACUGUGGUUCAUCUUGUGAGGGAGAUGGUCCAGCAGCUUCAUAGCACAUUUCAGAGAACAUUUUCCCUGCCUAACAAUACUAUGUCAGGGGCUGUUGUUAAUCUGGAUGAACAUAUUCGACCAAGUGGUCAGGUAGGCGGGGUCCACGAUGGACUUGGGACUGACAGCUUCAUUUUAGCUUCUUCUCAGUCUGUUCUGACGGACAUCUCAGAGAGAGAAAGGCGGCUGCUUCAAGUUCUCGCUAUGCAGCGAUAG